AUGAUAAAGACUAUCAAGUUUCUGGAAGUCGAGUUUUCCUUGUGCAUCAUCCCUCAUUCUCUUCGCAUACGAUACCAGCCUUCGGAGGACACAAUGAUGAUCGAUGUGUCGACCAUUAUGUCACUCGAAAUCCUUCAAAACCUUCGCAAUUCGAAGUCGAAAGAUACUCUGUUCGGCAUCCUCAAACACACGCGGACGCCAAUGGGCAGUAGAGUGCUUCGGAGCAACCUGCUCCAACCAUCAACUCUAAAAGACUCGUACCUUGAGCCAAGAUAUGAUGCCUUAGAGGAGCUUCUUGCUAAUCAUGAGAUGUUUUUAGGAGUUCGAGAAGGCACUGGAGCCCGCUACAAGCCCCUCCUCACCAAGAUACGAGACCUCUGUCGACCUGAACUUACGGAAACAGUCAGAAACCUUGUCUAUGAGGGCAUCAUCGAAGAUGUCACAUAUGUGAAUUCAGCUCUCGAUCUUCGGAAUCAGAGAACCUUUGCAUCCGGAGUCAAUGGUCUUCUCGAUGUCGCUCGACAGGCAUAUAAAGAAAAUACGAAUGACGUACAUAGCCAUGUGGAGGAGCUUAAUAGUAAGAACCGCUCCUAUUGGCUUCCUGCAAUUCCUACCGAAGCUUAUCAAUUUGCAGAAGAAUACAACAUCGAGGCCGACCUCCGAUAUGACACGGGCCGCAAGUACUGGAUUCGGCUACGGGCGGUUGACUUUGAGGACCGCCAAGUGCCCCUGGUGCUUGUUAACCAAACACGAAAGGGUCCCUACAUCGAAUGCUUGACUCUGCGACUCAAGAAACUCAACCAAAGAAUUGCGGAUUCCGUUGCUGAGGUCGUCAUGCUUAGCGACAAAGUGAUCCAAGACCUUAUGGACAGCAUCCGUACGCAGCUGCAACCCCUUUACCGCGUCUGCGACAGCAUCGCUCUUCUUGACAUGAUCGCAUCAUUUGCGCAAGCAAGUUCUACACAAGACUGGAAGCGACCCGAGAUAGCAGACACUCUGGCACUAAAGGCCGCCAGACAUCCAAUUCUGGACAAGGUUCGGCCAUACAUCAGCUUCCUCCAUCCUAAGCUGACAAGGAGACAGAUAUUGAAGGCCCCUUUUGUUCCCAAUGACUACUACGCUACAGAUGAUUAUCGCUUCCAAAUCGUCACCGGAUGCAACAUGAGUGGGAAAACUACGUACAUCAGAAGCAUUCCAUUGCUUCAGAUAAUGGCACAAAUUGGUUGCUUUGUGCCAGUCGAAUAUGCCAGCUUUCCUAUUGUCCACAAUAUCUUUGCGCGGGUAACCACAGACGACAAAAUUGAGUCCAACAUGUCAACCUUUUCUUUGGAAAUGCGAGAGAUGGCGUUCAUUCUCAGCAAUGUCACUGACAAAAGCAUUGUCAUCAUCGAUGAACUUGGCAGAGCCACAAGUACCAGGGAUGGACUUGCUAUUGCAAUUGCCAUGGCUGAAGCCCUUAUCCAAAGUCAUGCAACAGUGUGGUUUGCCACGCACUUUACAGAGCUUGACGUCUACGACAACUGA